AAAUGAAAGCUGCUACGGGCGGAACUGACGCAUUUUGAUCGCGCGGCAGUGUAUGCUGGGGUCACCAUCGGUGCCGCCGCCGCCGCUGGGUCCGGGCAGCAGGCGGAGGGCCCAGAGCGGUAGGUUUUGAAUUGUGUUUUAGACUUGCAACACACUUUUCUGGAGCUAAAGUUUUUAAUAAUCGUUCAGAAGUGGCUGAAAAUCUGGUUGCUGGAAUGCUUUAGGGGAAACAACUCCCUUAUCGUGUGGAAUUAUUGUUCUUGAGUUACUGGAAAUAAUUCUGGCCUGACCAAAGAAGUAAUCAGAAUCAUGGAUCAGAACAACAGCUUGCCGCCCUAUGCCCAAGGACUGGCAUCACCUCAGGGUGCCAUGACUCCAGGAAUUCCAAUUUUUAGCCCCAUGAUGCCUUAUGGCACUGGACUGACACCGCAGCCUGUACAAAGCACCAACAGUUUAUCUAUCCUGGAGGAACAGCAGCGGCAGCAGCAGCAACAAGCAGCACAGCAAUCCACAUCACAACAAGCAACACAGGGAACAUCCAGUCAAACUCCACAACUCUUCCACUCACAGACUCUUACUACAGCUCCUUUACCAGGAACCACACCACUCUACCCCUCUCCAAUGACCCCUAUGACCCCAAUAACUCCUGCUACCCCUGCGUCUGAAAGCUCUGGGAUUGUGCCACAGCUACAGAAUAUUGUAUCCACCGUGAAUCUUGGUUGUAAACUUGACUUAAAAACCAUCGCACUUCGUGCUAGAAAUGCUGAAUACAAUCCCAAGCGUUUUGCUGCUGUCAUCAUGAGAAUAAGAGAGCCACGUACUACUGCACUUAUAUUCAGCUCUGGAAAAAUGGUGUGCACAGGAGCUAAAAGUGAAGAGCAAUCCAGAUUGGCAGCAAGAAAAUAUGCCAGAGUUGUGCAGAAACUGGGCUUUCCUGCAAAAUUCUUGGAUUUUAAGAUUCAGAACAUGGUGGGAAGCUGUGAUGUGAAAUUUCCUAUCAGAUUAGAGGGACUGGUACUUACACACCAACAGUUCAGCAGUUACGAGCCAGAGCUGUUUCCUGGCUUAAUCUACAGAAUGAUCAAGCCAAGAAUUGUCCUGCUCAUUUUUGUUUCUGGAAAAGUGGUUUUAACUGGUGCGAAAGUCAGAGCAGAAAUUUAUGAAGCCUUUGAAAACAUAUAUCCUAUUUUAAAGGGAUUCAGAAAGACAACGUAACAGUGUUUGCAUAUUUUUAAGAGAAAUGUUGAGGUACAUUUGAAAAGGUAUUGCAUAUGGCACAGCAGUGACAAGAGAUGGACUUUUAAUUACUGCAACACCAGGACUUGGAUUCUUCUCCAGUUAGUGCCUAACUCCCUCAUCCUGAAAAGGAAGCUGUGUUUUUAUGGAUUGUGUCUACUGGGUUACUGUGAGUUGCUUUGCUGGGCUGUUCUUGGAACAGCCCUUACAAAUUUUAUUUAUAUUCUGGCUUUUAAAUAGUUUUAAUGUCAGUUCUUUUAUUAUGAAACCACGAGUUGGUAAGUUGGUUUAAGAGACGCUUUUAACCAU